AUGCACGCCAAUCGAGAUGGUCUGUUUUCAUCAAAGCAGGAUAACGAGCAGCUGCAGCUCAAGCACGCUGUCAAAUGUGAUGAUGUCUCUCCCCCGCCCAAGCUCGACCGCCAUGGUCGCAAAAGUAAGAAGGCUUCCCUUGGCCCUAGGACAUCCAGCAUGGAGCCGGACAGCACCGCAGCACCUGCUCGUUGUCAGUCAUUUCUCAUCAAGCUCCCUACCAAAAGGGAGGUCGAGAGGAAGUGGCUUGCACAGACCAACGCCGCUGUCAAUUCAUGGUGCAGCACAGUCUCAGAGGUGGAGCUCGCAGACAGUGUCACUGAGAAAGGAGAGAACGAUGAGUCCACACCCGAGCUCGAAAUGCCACACGCCCCAAUCUCCUUUGAGCGCAACCUCGAAGUCUGGUGUCAGCUCUGGUGCAUCACUGAGAUCUCUCAAAUUAUCCUCAUUCUCCUUGACUCCUGCUGCCCGCUCCUACACUACCCACCCUCCCUCGCCAUCUAUCUAUCAAAGCCCAUCAAUGCCAGUCAACAUCUUGGAUCUUACACGAGUGGAGGCGUGGACCCGCUAUUUGAAUAUGUCAUGCAGAUCAAAUUGUACACCGAGAGGGAAGGUGCCAGUAUGACGGGUAGAAGAAUUGCCUACGAGGCUCGUCUUCUCACCAGCUUUCACAGAACCUUAGUGGAUGCCUUGCAUGAGACACAUGAGGAAUUGCUCGAGCCACCCGCCCAUGUAAGGAGCCAAGCGGAGAAACUACGGUGCUGGGAACUUCGUGUUCUAAGAGAAAUUGACUGGGAUGCUGUCCUGAGAACAGAAAGAGGGAAGGUUGGAAGUGUAGUGGGUGGAGCCGCCAAAGCUCGUGCACCUCAAUAUCCUGAGGAUACAUCCGAGAUCGGAGGCGAGCAAGAAUUUGAAGAAGAAGAAGAGGAAGGUGAAUCACAGUUCCUAACAAUUGGUGUGAUUGGCCAGCCAAAUGUAGGCAAGUCCUCAUUGUUGAAUGUGCUCUUUGAAAUGCACAAGGUGUACGCGUCACAGACACCGGGUGAGACUAAACACUUACAGAUGCUCUUCUGGACACAUGACGUGCAUCUGGUGGACUGUCCUGGGCUCGUCAUGCCAAAUUAUGUCCUCAAUGGCAUCCUCCCCAUCUCCCGGGUCUCCGCCAUCCUGCUCUGCAUCUACCAUGUGGUGCAGCUCCUCCCACUUGAGUGCAUCUAUGGGCUCACGCACCUUGAACUUGCUAGCCCGCCCACAGAGGACAAGCACAGCUGGUGA